GUUUUUAAUUUUCAAACAUUGACAUAUACAUUUCUUCAUGCAAAUAUUAAUAGAGCAAAAUUGCAUUAUGGGUAUUAUAUCUAUUAUCUACUGAAAAAAAUCAUUUAUAUUGAACUUGAGCUACUCUUAAACUAAAAAUGUGGAGAAUAUUUUAAAAUAGAUAACUUUAUUAAACUACUCGGGCUUAUUAAAUAGUAUUUAAUAUUUUGAGAGUUCUCCCAGUUAGAGAUAUCAUCAUGAACAUUUGCAGUGGUUUAGAGUUUUCUGCAUUCUUUUUUUUAACUUUUUCCAGAAUUAUUUGUCAACAUUGGGAGAAACGUUUAAGAUCGUUACAGAAUGAACAAACUGAAGCGCAUCAUCAAAGAAUGCAACGGAUAGCACCCCCACCUAAGAGGUUCAAUUACGAAAAAUACUUAGAAAUACUAAAUCAUGGUCCAAUGAGGAAUAAAGCGUCAAAAAAAGUUAUCAUUGUUGGUGCGGGAAUGUCUGGAUUAACAGCGGGUAGGCUGCUAAAACAAAUGGGUCAUAACAUUAAGAUUAUUGAAGCUAGUGAUAAAGUUGGCGGCCGUAUUAAAACUUUUAGACAUCCGUCAGGUUGGGUGGGGGAGUUAGGAGCUAUUCAAAUUCUAGAUUGUCAUAAAUUAGUACUAUCUUUAAUAAGAAAUUAUUCAUUAAAUAUCGUACCAUUCCAACGGACUGGUAGUCGAAAUUUUCUUUUUAUGAAUGGGAUCCGUUUACGAGAGAGUAUAUUUAGCUUGAAAAAAAAUCCAUUUAAAUUGGAUUUUACAAAGGAAGAGAGCAGGUAUACUGUGUCUGAAUUGAUUCAAAUGUAUGAAGAAGCUAUUUUAGAUGACUUAGAGAAGUUGGAUUGGAAGAAGGCUAUGACUUAUAUGGAUAGUUUUUCAGUUAAAGAAUAUUUAGAAAAUUGUUGCAACUUUUCAGAAGCAGCUAUUCAACAAAUAUUAUUUUGCAUGAAUUUUGAAGGCUUAAGUUAUGUGAGCAUGUACGAACUCAUUAGAAUGAUGUUCUCAUUUAAUAUUGAAUAUCCGCAAGUUGUUAAGGAUGGUUUGGAUAACCUUCCUAGAAAGAUAUCGGAAGAUUUUGCCAAUAAUACUAUUCUAUUUAAGGCAAAGGUUCAAAGAAUAAGCGAUCGUAAAACAUAUUCAUGCGUGCAUUACUCAAUAAACAAAAGUACAGAAAUAGAAACAGAAUGUGCAGAGUAUGUUAUUGUAGCAACGUCAAUAGCUGCCUUAAAGAUAAUCAACUUUAAGCCAAAACUUGAUGUAAAGAAACAAAGGGCAAUAAACAAUAUGAACUUUGAAUCGGCAACUAGAAUUGUUGAAAAAUUCAAAACGCCUUUUUGGGAAUCUGAAGGUAUUUAUCAAGGUGAUAUCACAACUGAUUGGCAUACAGGGUCUAUAAAUAUUCCUGGAAGACAAGUGGAAAGAUCUCUAAUUUAUGGUGGGGUUGGUGAAGGUCGGACAACACAUUUGCUGAAUGGUUUAUCGGAAUUAGACUUGAUAGAAUAUCAUUUAAAUAAGUUAUCAACACUGUUCAGAAAGAAAGUAAAAACUGUGUUUGAUAGUGGAGUAGUUUAUAAAUGGCUGAAUGAUCCUUUUAGUUUAGGGGGAUUCUCUCUUUGCCUUCCCAAACAAUGUUCUAAUGAUUUUAACAAGAAUUUGAAAAAAUCUUCUGGUAGAAUACACUUUGCCGGGGAACAUACUUCAGAUAGUCACGCUUGGGUGGAAGGUGCUGUCGAAAGUGGAAUACGGGUGGCUCUAGAAAUACAGAAAAGAACUGACUAG